AUGACGGUAGAAAAGGAGGAUCCGAUUACCAAGAAGAUGCUUUACGUUUCGCAACCAGUGUUCUCGCGUAACGUCCUUUACGAGCAUGGCAGGAAAGUCGGUGUUGUCAUCAUGCAUGCUAGCCUUGUCGAAAAGCUGAUGAGAGAGCCUGCUGGCGAUUUGAUUGCCAAGCAUCUUCCCAUGGUGUGUGAGCCUAAACCCUGGACUGGCUUCCAGAGUGGUGGCUUUUUAGAGACAUUGACCACUUUCUUGCGGGUGAAAGGAGGUGAAAUGACGCAACGAGACUACGCUGAAGCUGCCGCUGAAAGAGGAGAUCUUGAUCAAGUAUUUGCUGGCAUCGAUGUUCUCGGAAAGACCGGCUGGAAGAUCAACCGCGAUGUUUUCACUGUGAUGCUGAAAGCGUGGAAUUCUGGUGAAGCAGUCGCAAACCUUCCUCCCCUCAACAAGGUCUUUGACAUGCCAGAGAAGCCUGCUGACACCAAUGACAAGGAGGCCCGUUCUAAAUGGUACAGGGCGAUGAGGAAGAUCGAGAACGAAAAAAGUGGCCUACAUUCGAACCGCUGCUUUCAGAACUUUCAGAUGGAGAUAGCCAAAGCUUACUCUAACGAGACCUUUUACCUGCCGCACAACAUCGAUUUCCGCGGACGAGCCUAUCCAAUACCGCCUUACCUUAAUCAGAUGGGAGCUGACAAUUGCAGAGGUCUUCUAUUGUUUGCGAACGGGAGGGAAGUUGGUGAACAUGGUCUCAAAUGGAUCAAGAUCCAUCUCUCAAACGUCUUCGGGUACGACAAAGCAAGUUUGAAGGAUCGGGAAAACUUCCCGAUGGAGCAUAUAUCCGACGUUGUUGAUUCGGUCAAUCAUCCUUUGGAUGGCAGAAGAUGGUGGCUGAGCGCUGAAGACCCCUGGCAAUGUUUGGCUGCCUGCUUCGAGCUCAAGCAAGCACUCGAUCUUCCGGAUCCAACCAAAUAUAUUUCCCACCUGCCAGUGCAUCAAGAUGGCUCUUGCAAUGGUCUUCAGCACUAUGCCGCCCUUGGUGGUGACAUUGCUGGCGCCAAACAGGUCAAUCUCGAGCCCGGAGACAAGCCGUCAGACGUCUACACUGGUGUAGCAGAACUAGUCAAGGCAGAGGUCAAACAAGAGGCAGCUCAGGGAGAUGAGAUUGCCAAGUUACUCGAUGGAAGUAUCACUCGGAAAAUUGUCAAGCAAACAGUCAUGACAAAUGUGUAUGGUGUCACCUUCCUCGGGGCAAUACGUCAGGUUCGACGGCAGCUUGACGAUCUCGUGCCUGAGCUAAGGAAUGGUGCUGGUCCUAUAUCAGGUCAAGCUGCUGCUUAUGUUGCACGCAAGAUUUUCAAAGCUUUGGGCGCAAUGUUCUCUGGUGCUCAUGACAUUCAAUAUUGGCUUGGCGAUUGUGCAACGAAGAUUGCGACCUCACUUUCACCUGCGCAGCUACAGAAAGUCAUCGAGGCUGAGGACCACGGCAAUACCGAUCAUUCUGGAGCCGGACUUCGGACUAGCCACCACAAGAAAGCGAAGCAAUCAGAGACCAUGGCAGAAAUUGCUUCGUUCCGUUCCAGUGUCAUCUGGACUACUCCCUUGAGACUACCCGUUGUUCAACCAUAUCGCAUUAGCAAUGGGCGACGGGUCAAGACAAACUUGCAAGAUAUUACACUUACCGAGCCAACAAUUGCCGAUGCAGUGAACAAACGCAAACAGCUCCAGGCAUUCCCACCUAACUUCAUACACUCGCUGGAUGCUACGCAUAUGCUACUAUCAGCGUUGAAAUGCCACGAGGUUGGCCUGACGUUCUCUGCAGUGCAUGACUCGUUCUGGACGCAUGCAGCUGACAUCAACACGCUAAACCGUUUACUCCGCGACGCUUUCAUCCGCAUGCAUUCAGAGGACAUCAUUGGUCGUUUAGCUGCCGAAUUCAAAACAAGAUACAAGGGUCAUAUCUACCUGGCCUCCAUUUCCGCAGAUAGCGUGCUCGGGAAAAAUAUCAAGGCUUUUCGAACCAAAUUCCAUCGCGGCCAGCGCCCCGCCACUCAGGUUCGUGCACGGCAAUAUGCAGAAUUGGUCCUAGAAGCCCGGCGUCAAAACCUCCUCAAAAGUGAUGAUCCAGCCAAGAAAGCAGAGGGCAAGAAAUUGGUGACUCCAUGCUCCCUGUUCGAGACGUUAGACGGUCAUAAGUACCUGAAGACCAGACACUCCCUCGGCGAAACCGCUAUAGGAGCAAUACCACAGGAGACGGACCAGAAAAUCCUGGAGAAAGCCUUGCACUCGGAAGAUGUGGCUGGUGAUGUAGACAUGGAGCACGCUCUUGAGCCCCUCGUGGAAGGCAAAGUCGGUGCUGACGGUAUCAUCCAUAUUGCCGAAGCUGAGACUGAAGAUGGUGAAGGAGAGAUUGCCUCCAAGGAUGAAGAGGUGCCUGGCAAGAAGACUAAGAAGUCUCAAAGUCGGGCGUCGGAUGUCACCUGGCUCUGGCUGCCCCUGACCUUCAAGGCUGUUCCACAAAAGGGCGAAUUCGACGUCACGCGCCUUCGGGACAGUCAGUACUUCUUUUCAUGA